AUGUAUGCUGAAAUUUUCUUAUGUCAGUUGUAUUCGCGUGCAUGCGUAAAUGCCUUUGCUCGUGGAGCUUUUGUGCGCAAAUCUGCAGACAUUCACUUGCGUGUCUGUCGCCAUGUUUAUCUGUUCCUCAAUUUCUUUCUGCCAUAUUCUCUUUUUCCACGUUCCUCUUCUCUUUGUAAAUAUUCUUCUUCCUUUUCUCUUUCCUCCUUUUUGCAUAUUCCCUUUGUCUCCUUUUCUAUUUUUACUUUCUUUCUAACAUAUUCCCUUUCCGUCUUCCUUUUAUCUUUCUUCCUUUUCUGCCAUAUUCUCUUUCCCACCUUCAUUUUCUAUAUUCACUUUCUCUCUGCCACAUUCUUUCCCGCCUUCGUUCUCUCUUUAUUCUUCAUCUUUUCUACAUUCACUUUCUCUCUGCCACAUUCUUUCCCGCCUUCGUUCUCUCUUUAUUCUUCACCUUUUCUACAUUCACUUUCUCUCUGCCACAUUCUUUCCCGCCUUCGUUCUCUCUUUAUUCUUCACCUUUUCUACAUUCACUUUCUCUCUGCCACAUUCUUUCCCGCCUUCGUUCUCUCUUUAUUCUUCACCUUUUCUACAUUCACUUUCUCUCUGCCACAUUCUUUCCCGCCUUCGUUCUCUCUUUAUUCUUCACCUUUUCUACAUUCACUUUCUCUCUGCCACAUUCUUUCUCUCUUUAUUCUUCACCUUUUCUACAUUCACUUUCUCUCUGCCACAUUCUUUCCCGCCUUCGUUCUCUUUUUAUUCUUCACCUUUUUUUCUUUCAUUCAUUCUUUUCUCUCUUGCUUUUCACAUUCUUUUCCUGCCUUUCGUUCUCUCUUUAUUCUUCACCUUUUCUACAUUCACUUUCUCUCUGCCACAUUCUUUCCCGCCUUCGUUCUCUCUUUAUUCUUCACCUUUUCUACAUUCACUUUCUCUCUACCACAUUCUUUACCGCCUUCAUUUUCUCUUUAUUCUUCACCUUUUCUACAUUCAGUUUCUUUCUACAAUAUUCUCUUUACCCACUCCCUUUCUCCUUCUUUCCGAUAUAUUCAUUUCUUUUCCCCCCAUCCACUUCAAUUCUUUUCAGUCUCUCGAUUUCAAUUUCCUCAUUUUUCCUUCCCCUUUCUUUCUUCGAAAAAAAAAGCUCCCUUUUUCGUUCAUUUAUCUUACCUUAAUGGCUUUCCGCUCUCAUAA